GAGGGAAGAAAGCUCUCUGUUGUGACUCUAACGUGAGUGAUUAUCGCACAAUUACUGUUGCUGCUUACUGUCUGUUGAUCGUCGUCACAGUUGUGCAACUUUUGCAUACACAAAGGCAAUGUGUUAGGACAACUAUACUGAUCCCAGGGAUUCUGAGUGACACUGCUGAUGACUAACAGUAGCAUGAUGGCAUGUGGGCGUUCACUGCAGCAGGUUGUGAGACUGGAAGCAGUUUAACAACACACUGGAUGUCCCUGAGUAUGGACGCUGACAUGCAAAAAGCAUGUAUGUCCAGGAGCUUGUGCUGAGACAACGGACAGAGAUACUAAACGCACUGUGCAGCAGCGGGUCAGCUGAGCAUCUGGAACAGGUUCUGGACAUACUGCUGUCUCAGGGGGAGCUCAUAUGGGAGGACUACCAGAACAUACAGGUACCGGGUAGGGCGCUGUACACCAAUGCCAGACACUUGCUCGACCUGGUUUAUACAAAGGGCGCAGAGUCAUGUCGGCUCUUCCUUGCUGCUUUCAAACACGUCCUGCCUGAAGCGCAGGGAGUUUGCGCCUCAUCUUCAGGAAGUUGCUCAAAUCUAGAGGAAAAAGAAGAAUACAAGAGCUCAUCUACUCAGACUCUUGUGACCCAAAGACCGAGCCUGGUCAGCAAGCUGCAGGACUGCAUUGAUGGUGCUCUGAAAGCUCUCGUCAUAUCAGGACACUUCACCUCAGCAGACUGCGAUGAAGUGCGGCUGCCUAUACACACCCCCUGUCAGCAGGCAAGGCGUUUGCUUGACCACGUCAGAUCAAAAGGAGAAUCAGUGGCGAAGGUUUUAUUGGAGUACAUUCAGCAAAUACAGGAAUCUGGAUCUGCACUGAAGCAGGAGAAAUGGACUCCCCCCAAAGAGGUCAUAAAGUUCCAGAAGAAGCUCAGCAGUUCUGUGUCUGCUCAGUCCUGCUUCCUCAGUACUUAUGGAGGGACCAGCCACAUGUCUCUGGAGGACAUAUACACUGACGGUCAGCUGGAACUAGCUAAUACCAGCGUUGGUGUACACGGACCCUUGUGCCUGGAGGACAUAGUUGGUACAGUGGGCACAGUGAACGAGGAGGCCGACACGGUGCUAGUGUCUGGGGAGGCCGGCGGUGGAAAGAGCACCUUACUCCAGAGGCUGCACUUGCUUUGGGCUCGAGGUGCAGCCUUCCAGGACUUUCUUCUUCUGUUUCCGUUCAGCUGUCGCAAGUUGAACUCAGAGCACAGGGAACUCUCCCUCCAGGAAUUACUGUUUCAGCACUGCUGCUGGCCGGACAGAGAGCAGGAGGAGAUCUUCCAGUUCAUCCUGGACCACCCACAUCUCAUCCUCUUCACUUUCGAUGGCCUGGAUGAGCUGAAGCAGAGCUUCUCAGAUGAGCACAGGCUCUGCUGCCCCACCCAGCGUGCACCUGCUCACAUACUACUGUUUAACUUAAUCCAGGGUUUCCUAAUGAAGGGCGUGCGGAAAGUAGUGACUAGUCGCCCAGAGGCGGUGGGCCCUUUGUUGAGGGAACAUCUUCGCAAAGAGGUCUUCCUCAAAGGCUUUUCCCCCAGUGGGAUAGACUGUUUUGUGAGGAAGCACCACAGUGACCCCACUGUGGCUGCCAAGGUUUUGGAGUCCCUACAGACAAACACAGCCUUACUCGGACUGUGUCACAGUCCGGUCCUCUGCUGGAUCGUCUCACAGUGCCACAAGGAGCUGUUAGGCUGUGGAGAGGGCAGCCUACAAACAAUCACAGAUGUUUACCUCAUGAUCUUACAGCACUUUUUCCAGCACCAAAGCUCACUGAAGCCCAUCACGGGGGUAGGUUGGCUUCAGGCGCACCUACAGACAGUCUUGCAUCUUGGGCAGCUUGCCUUUGAGGGAAUAGGAGCCACCUGUUACAUUUUCUCAGACACAGACCUCAAGACAUGUGGUGUGACUGAGAAGGAUAUCUGCAUGGGUUUUCUCAUGCAAAGCAAAGAUAUGUCCUCCACCCACAGUAAAUGCUAUGAAUUCCUUCACCUGACAAUGCAAUGUUUCUUUGCUGCUCUGCACAUUGUCUUGUCAGACAACACGGACCGUUCAACUAUCCCUAAAGUCUUUGAGCCGCGGAGGGAAACAGGUCUGAGCAGCAAAUGCUUCAUGGCCUGCUUGCCUUCCACUGACCAACAACAGCAGGCUUCAGAGGGGGAAGCUACAGCCACUGAAAAACCAAAUAUGCAAAUCACAGCGACCUUUGUUUCUGGUCUACUGUCGCAGCGCCAUCGAAGGCUGUGGCUCAACUGCUGCCCCACUGCUGUAACGGAGAAAAAGGUCAGACAGGUGGUGAAAUUCCUGUCCAAAGGCAUGCAGAAACACUUCAAGUCCAUCCCUCAACCUGUGGAGGGGGAGAAGAAGAGCAUGCAUGCAAUGCCAGGCUUUGUGUGGCUUAUCAAAUGUAUCUAUGAGAUGCAGGAGAGCAGGAUUGCUAAAGAUGCCAUGAGUAAGCUAGAGGUGGACCACCUCAAACUGACCUACUGUAACAUUGGGCCUGUAGAGUGCACUGCACUCGCCUUUGUGCUCCAGCAUUUAAGGAAUCCUGUCGGCCUCCAGCUGGACGACAACUCUGUAGGCGAUGUUGGAGUGGAGCAGCUUCUUCCCUGCAUGCACAUUUGUAAUUCCCUAUACCUCAGAAAUAACAACAUCACCGACGAGGGGAUCCGCAAACUGCUUGCUAAAGGUAUGCAGUGUGAGAACUUCAAGAAAAUUGCGCUCUUCAACAACAAGCUAACUGAUGCUUGCACACAACACUUUUCUCAGCUUCUGAAGACCAAGCAAAACUUCCUUUCUCUAAGGUUAGGAAACAAUAAUCUAACUGAAGAAGGAGCCAAGCAGCUGGCGGAGGGACUGAAAUGUAACCAUUCACUACAGUUUUUAGGGCUUUGGGGCAACAAGAUAGGGGAUGAAGGAGCGGAGGCCCUUGCCAGCGCACUAGAGAGCAGCAAAACCUUGGUGUGGUUUAGCCUGGUAGACAAUGGUGUGGGGAGUGCCGGAGCAUGCGCCGUCGCCAACAUUAUCAAGAACAGUACAUCACUGGAAGAGCUUUGGUUGACAGAGAACUGCAUUACCAGAUCCGGAGUGGAAUGUCUGAUUCAAGCCCUCGAACACAACACUCAUAUGAAAUCAGUGUGGUUGAGGAACAAUGACCUCAGUUUGGAGGAGGUGGAGGAGAUGGCACAACGGGAAUCAAGACUUAUCUUCUGAUUUUGUAUAAAUUCGGCCAUGGACUGUGUGUAAUGCCUAAAGAACUGUUUAUUUAUUAAAGGAAAUAUUUUGUAUUAAAAUGUGAAAUGGG